AUGUCCUCCAAAGCUGUUGGUCCAAUAAGAUCUUCCUGGUACAAAUGGAAAGCGCAGAGAUGGGUGCCAUGGCGAAAGAGGUUUCUUGUUGGUCUUGAUCUGCAUGGUAAUACCUUUUGGGAGUUCCGCGAGUCGUUGUGGUCACCGCAAUACCGUAUGCGACGAAUUGUCCAGUAUCCUCCCAACACCCACGCGAGCGAUGUCGACGUCUCUCCGCAAUGGCUCCAGUGGCUUCGGCACACGCGCAAAAACGCACCUUCUCUCACGGAACAGUCUCAGGACCUGGUGCGCCAGGAAAAUUUGAAAAUACUAGCAGCGCAGGCGGAUGCGAGAUGGGCAGCUAAACCGAGUGUCUUGGAUGCGCCCAGACAGGCGGAACGGCAGCCAUUGCCUCCGUUGAGAACUACACCUGGAGGGGAGAUUGCAGAAUCAGAACACAAGCUGAAUCCCGGGGAGAUAGGCCGAGAAAAAGUACGAACUGACUCUCCAGGAGCCAGACCUGCAGCGGACUUGUCUGAAGGAUCAGCUGGCAAUGUUGGCAAAACACAGGCGGAGCAAAACAGUACUGCCAAACCAGAGGGAGUGAAGGAGAAAGCAAAAGUAGAUCCUUGGAAACAAGCUCCUGGCGCCUCAACUGAACAAUGGCAACCCCAAUCCUGGGGAGGAACCACGCCGACCCCACGACGAUGA